GCGCGCACAGGACUUCCUGCUCGCAGCCGCCUGGGGUGGGACAGGAAGGGCUGGCUCUUUGCAAGCUGCUGCAUUGCUGACUCAGGCGGCUUCCUGCGCUCUCUGCCUCCUGGGAAACGACCGUCCCCACCGACAAAAAAUGCCGGCUUAUCACUCCACUUUAAUGGACUCCGAUACCAAGUUAAUUGGGAACAUGGCUUUGUUACCCAUUAGAAGUCAGUUCAAAGGACCAGCUCCAAGGGAAACAAAGGACACCGAUAUUAUAGAUGAAGCCAUCUACUACUUCAAAGCAAAUGUCUUCUUCAAGAAUUAUGAAAUUAAGAAUGAGGCUGACAGAACAUUGAUCUACAUAUCUAUCUAUAUUUCUGAAUGCUUAAAGAAGCUGCAAAAGUGCAAUUCAAAAGGCCAAGGAGAGAAGGAAAUGUACACAUUAGGAAUCACUAACUUCCCAAUCCCUGGCGAGCCAGGCUUUCCACUCAAUGCCCUCUACGCCAGACCUGGCAACAAACAGGAGGAGGAGGUGAUGAGGGCCUACUUGCAACAGCUGAGACAAGAAACAGGUCUUAGGCUUUGUGAAAAGGUGUUUGAUCCCCAAAAUGACAAGCCUAGCAAGUGGUGGAUCUGCUUCGUGAAGAGACAGUUCAUGAAUAAGAGUCUGUCCGGACCUGGGCAAUGAAAAGGCAAAGAGAUACAGUCACAAUGUUAAGCAUUUUGCAGCAAGAUGUAUAAAAUAUUUUGCCUUUGUUUCAUGUACAUUUUAUAUCAAGGAAGAAUAAGUGCUUAUGAGAAAAAGCUAUCAGUCUGCGGGGGGAAAGACAGAACUUAAUAAUUAAAGACCGUACGCAAAUAAUGUUAAGCUGGUGCUUAAUAAAAAAAAUUAUUUCUAACA